GCCACAUCUUGACGGCAGCUUCCGGGAUCUUUCCGAACGGAUUGGAAUCUGCACAACUUUCGUUUUCCGGACUGGUUUUUGGUCAGCAGGCGCCGAGAGAAGCAUGAUUGAUGUGAAGGCCUGGGCGCAGUAUGUGGUGGAGUGGGCAGCCAAAGACCCCUACGGCUUCCUCACAACCGUCAUCCUGGCUCUCACACCCCUCUUCAUCGCCAGUGCCCUGUUGUCAUGGAAGCUUGCCAAGAUGAUCGAGGCCCGGGACCGUGAACAGAAGAAGAAGCAAAAGCGCCAGGAGAACAUUGCAAAAGCCAAGAAGCCAAAGAAAGACUGAGGUGCCCAGCAACUGGUUUGGGGGGAGUGACUGUGAUGUUGUCUCUGCCUCUGCUCCUUAACCCUCCCCUCAAUCUUGAAGGGAAGGGGGUACAGUCAUAAUAAUGGCUCACAGUGGGUGGGGUUUAACAGAACUAGUUCUGUGUAGCCACAAAUGAGAGAAAGGUCAUCAACAGGCUUUCUGGGGUAAAGACUGCAUUUCUCUGUAAAAAUCCAGUAUGCAGAAAUCUGUGGUCUUGGCACAGCAGUACAUCAUUCCAUUUAAGUUCCAGAAAAUUUUUUUUUGUUUUUUUGUUUCAGUGCCCUGCAUUUAA